AAUACAUCAACAGGUGUUAGAUAUAUAAACUUAUCAUUAUAAUUCUCCAUUUUCUUACUUUAGUAAAUUCGUUAUAGAAUUAUUUAAAAUGAGAACUUCUAAACUGAAUUCUGCUUGUAAACUUUUGACACCGAUAAUUAGCAAACGAUGUCGAAGCACAUUUUCACCUUUUCCUAGCUCUUUUCCGAAACAUAAUAAAGGACCUAUGACAGAACAUCAAAAAGAUCUUCCACGACAACCCGUUCCUCCAUUGAAACCCUCUUUAAACAAAUAUCUUAAAGGUGUAAAACCUCUUUUAACCCAAGACGAAUUUCAUAAAACUGAAAAGUUGGUUAAUGAAUUUGCAUCACCAGGAGGAGUCGGUGAAAAACUUCAUUCUAUUCUUAUAGAACGAUACAACAAAUUCGACAAUUGGAUUGAAGAUUGGUGGUUAGAAUUGGAUUUUCUCAAGAAUCGGUCACCAUUAACAACAUAUACAAACCCCGGCAUGGCUAUUUCUUGUGAAAAUUUCAAUUCUAUCGAUGAUCAAAUCAGAUUUUCUGCGAAAGUCUUGUCGUCAACAUUGAAAUAUAAACAACUCGUUAAUGAUCAUCAGCUAGAGCCAGAUAAAUUAAGAGGAAUUCCAAUGGAUAUGAGCCAAUAUUUUAAAGCAUUUUCGUCUUGUCGUCUUCCUGGGAAAAUUUGCGAUCGUCUCGAACAUUACGGAGAAGAAGAUUGCCCUCCAAAUCAUAUCGUGGUCGCUAGAAAUAACAAAUUUUUCCGAGUGGACGUUUAUGAUUAUGCCGGAAAUCCAUUGAGUGAGAAUGAUCUGUUGGAACAACUAAGAAUAGUUGUAAAGAAGUCUGAGACUGAAGGUGUUCCUGUUGGAGUUCUGACAACCAAUUACCGUGAAAUUUGGUCUGAUGUAUAUGACAAAUUAUCUAAAGAUAGUACGAACAAGAAACAUUUGGACACAAUCAAAAGGGCGUUAUUCGUAUUUUCUCUCGAUAAAUCAAUUUCGAAUGCCGAGAGUGACUCUGAUAAAUGGACAAAUGCACUUCACAACGCAAUUCAUGGACACGGGAGCCAUUUAAAUAGCGGAAAUAGGUGGAUGGAUAAAGCUUUUCAUUUAAUCGUAUCUGAAGAUGGGGCUUUCGGUUUGAAUAUGGAGCAUAGUCCAGUUGAAGCGCAUCCACUUCUUAGAAUGACUGAUUACAUUUUGGAUGAUUUAAAAACGUCACAAAAUUUAGUACCUUAUGCCUCUCGCACAGUUCCUGAACCUCAAGAAAUUAUUUUUAAUAUAAAUGACGAUAUACUGAAUGAUAUAGAAAGGGCGAAAGAAAAUGUAGGCAAGCAAGAAAAGCACGAUUCUCUUCACAAAGCUUUAAAAGUUCAUAAAUUCGAUGUUAACGAAGCUUUGAGAGGAAAUGGAAUCGAAUGUCUUCUGGUGGGAUUAAAGAAAGCAGCAAUUGAAUCAGGCAUGAAUGUUCCCGAUAUAUACAAUGAUAUCGGCUUUGAAUCAUUCUCCAAUUACAGAUUAGUUUCUAGUCAGGCACCUGUCAGAAAUCCGGUAUUUCCUAGUUACGGUCCUUUGGUAUAUGAUGGUUAUGGUUGCCCAUAUUACGUCUAUCCUGAUCAUCUUAGACUUAUAUCAUUAUCUUUAAAGCAAAGUCCAGAAACAAAUUCCGACAGUCUUUUGAAAUGUGUUGAGAUGUCGCUUUCAGACAUGGAAAACAUCAUUUAAAUUAUUGAAGAAAGUGAAUCUUUGAAUUUUCNA